AUGCCAGAAACAAGCGAACCAAAGGAAAGUGAAUUAGAUAACAAACUUCAGGACGAGACUACUAAUAAUAAUGAUGAUGUUUCUUUGCUACUUGAAGACCUUUCUGCUGAAACUAGCCUAGUAAUUCAAGAAUUAUCGAAUAAUAUCGAAGAAUAUAUCCAAAUGAUUGAUCAACCAGUCACUACAGAAAAUAUACUAACAGAUGAAGAAAUUAUCGAAAUAGUAAUGGAUGAAUUUUGUGAUAAUGAAACUGAUGAUAACGAUGACAAUGAAGAACUACCACCACCCCCAAUAACUAUAAUGGAAGCUAUUGAGGCAUUAAAGAAAGUUAUAAGAUACCAAGAGAGCCUCGAUGUUGGAAAAGGAUUUAAUGAGAAUGGGUUAAUAAUAUUAUGA